AUGAAUAACAAUUAUUCUGAGGAGGAGGUGUAGCGAGGCGAACGGACGGAGCACCGCACUCUGGAUCAGAGCGCCGGAUCGGGAAGAACAGAACCGAGACCUGGAGGAACAAGUCUGUGUAGGAGAAGCCAUUUGAGCUGAAGUGGAAAAAAAUCCAGUUUUUGCUCCGUGCGGUCAUGAGGAGUUGAGAAAGGAACGCGUUUUUCUUCAGGCGAGCGUGUGUCGCGUUGUCGCGUUGUCGCGUGUCCUUCUGCUCUGAACGAGCUCGCGUUUUUUCGUCCAGAUGUUAGUGCACACCUAUUCCUCCACGGACCGCCAUGAUGGGGUACCGAGCCACAGUUCCAGACUGUCCCAGCUGGGUUCGGUCUCUCAGGGUCCGUACUCCAGCGCUCCGCCGCUCUCUCACACACCUUCCUCGGACUUCCAACCUCCGUACUUUCCGCCGCCGUACCAGCCGCUGCCGUAUCACCAGAGUCAGGACCCGUACUCACACGUCAGUGACCCGUACUCUCUGAACGCUCUUCACCAGCAACAGCAGCACCCGUGGGGCUCCCGGCAGCGGCAGGACGUGGGCACGGAGAGCGGAGCUUUACUGCCGCAGCCUCGAGCCUCUUUACCGCAGCUCUCGGGUCUGGACCCCCGGCGGGACUACACCGUGCGCCGACCAGACGUGCUGCUCCACUCCACGCAUCACGGGCUCGAGGUGGGGAUGGGAGAUGGUCUGUCCCUUCAUGGCCUGGCGCACGGCAUGGAGGAUUUGCAGGCUAUGGAGGACGCAAACAACGGGAUGAACAUCCUGGAUCAGUCAGUCAUUAAAAAAGUUCCAGUUCCACACAAGAGCGUCGCUUCUCUGAUGAUGAACAAAGACGGUCUAAUCGGCGGGAUCACCGUGAACGUCAACGAGGUCUUCUGCUCGGUUCCCGGCCGCCUGUCGCUUCUUAGCUCCACAUCCAAAUAUAAAGUGACGGUCGGCGAGGUCCACCGGCGCCUCUCUCCGCCGGAGUGCCUCAACGCCUCGCUGCUUGGCGGGGUUCUACGGAGAGCGAAGUCGAAAAACGGCGGAAGAUCACUGAGGGAAAAGCUGGAGAAAAUCGGCUUGAAUUUGCCCGCGGGGAGACGCAAAGCAGCGAAUGUCACUUUACUGACGUCUCUAGUAGAAGGAGAAGCUGUUCAUUUGGCUCGGGACUUUGGCUACAUUUGUGAAACUGAAUUUCCCACAAAGGCCGUGUCUGAAUAUCUGAACAGACAGCACACGGAUCCAAACGAACUGCACUCACGAAAGAACAUGCUGCUCGCCACAAAGCAAUUGUGUAAGGAGUUCAUGGACCUGUUGGCUCAAGAUCGCACUCCAUUAGGAAACUCUCGGCCUUCGCCCAUCCUGGAGCCAGGAAUCCAGAGCUGCCUGUCACACUUUAGCUUCAUCACACACGGUUUUGGUUCUCCAGCCAUCUGCGCCGCCCUCACGACUUUACAGAAUUACCUGACUGAAGCCCUUAAAGGCCUCGACAAGAUGUUCCUCAACAACCCCACCCCCAACCGACACACACCUGCAGAUGGCUCCAAAGGAACUGGAGAGAAAGAGGAAAAGCACAGGAAAUGAACUGUGGAAAUACGAUAUCAAGGAAGUCGAGUCAUUGGAGAUGUUCAGAGAUUCUAUAAACUCUAGUUUUAUGACAUUGCGUUUUACAUUCUGGGUUGAAGGUGGUGAGUGGACAACAGAUCACGGGAAGAUGAAAGGAACGAUACGAUAAAAGAGACUGGAGGACACGAGUCUGCUGUGACACGUUCACCAUCUUCAUUUCAUUCGUGUGCGAGUGUGAAAAUAUUCGAGGAGUGUUUGUGAGUGUGUUUUUGUGUAUCAAAGUAUGACAUUUUACAUGAUGUUAGAUGCAGGCUGUCCUUUACACACAUGCUCAUGAAUCUAAUACCUAAUAUUUGAGUGUUCAUCAGUGUAAUGGCCAGCACACAGGAGGACAGGUUUGCUUGGGAUACUGGUGGAGACAUUUUUAACUACUAUAUUUAAUUAUACUUAUUAAAAUAUAGGUGCACAGUUCUGCAAUGUUAAGUACAUUCCACACAACUUUCGCCAAAACUACACUUACAGUAAAACAAUCAUCUUCUGUCCAUAAAAGUGGUUAAGCAAAAAAUUGCCUCCACAUAGAUUUGAAAGAGACAGAAUAUUCAAAUAUGAGAUUUUAUUGCAUUUAGUAAUACAUGCGGUACAAAGAAAUUGAGUGUUUGCCAAAAAGAGGCUGUAAAUGUGCAACAAGCAUCAUGAUAUUUACAUUACAGUCCAUCACAGAUGUUACAUCCAGUAUGAUUUAUGACAAAGAUUCACCAUCUGACAGCCCAUAAAAUACACAUAUACUUUACAUAAACAGCAAUUCAUUAGAAAUUAAGUUCUCAGUCUGAUUAUUCAUAUAAAGAUUACAAGCCAAGAUUUAAAACACUGAGAUUUUACAUUCUUUAAAACACCUUUGGUAGGGUGACCAUAC